AUGGAUCAUUCUCUGAAUUAUUCAUCAAGAGAAAGGGUGGAAGCUACCACCAAAAACCUAAGUGGUUCUGAUCAGGAAAGUGGAUGGACAUCUUACUUGGAAGAUUUCUCAAAAGGCAUGGAACCCAGUUCUUGUUCUAGCUUGGAUGGUUCCUCUUUGCUUUCAGAUGCUGCUUCUUCUGCUGCAUGGAAAUUAUCUCAUCACAAUCAUCUUCUCUCUUGCUCUUUAGUUAAAGCUAGUGGUCAUAGUGCGCCGAAUCUACCUCAGAAACUAAGUUUCAAGAGAGCAAGAACCAAACAUAUAUCAGAAGAUGACCCUUUGGAAGACACUGCUAGCUCUCCAGUCAAUAGCCCCAAGGUGAGGGACUUGAAUCCAACUGAAAUCAUUUCCAGGAAGGUUGAUGAUCAACUAGGAGGUUCUAUGGGUGGUAAGGGAUUCACAUCAUCCGAGAAUUAUUCAGCUUUGCAGAGGGAUGAUGAUGAUGAGCAUGAAUUAAAAUAUAAUGGAAAGAACAUUGAUUGCACAGACUUGAAGAAAAGGGGGCUAUGCCUGGUUCCUUUGUCCUUGUUAGUUAAUUAUUUGGGGUGA